AUGGAUUUUAUGGAUAUGAUGGAGCAAGAACAUGCACCAAAUCUGCAAGAACAUCAUGCAGAGACGAAGGAUCACCCGGAUGACAUGGCGCAUGAAGGUAAAUUUAUUAGGAAAAUUGUUGAAGGGAAGUUAAGGGAAGUUAACAACACGUACUUCUAUGUCACACUCUAUCCAGUUGGAAUAUAUUCUCGUUUACAAGCCACCACUUCAUUGUUAAGGGUUGGAGCUGAUGAUGUCCGCAAGCUUCUUUAUGAUAUCUUGAAGACAAGCAAGAUAAGGAUGAAUAAUGUUGAUAAAGGAAUUAGUAUGAUACAAGAAAGACUUCGUAAUAGAAGGGUACUUGUUAUACUUGAAGAUGUAGACCAGUUGGAGCAACUCAAUGCCAUAGCUAGAAGUCGUGACUGGUUCGGCCCAAGAAGUAGGAUUAUUAUAACAACUAGAGAUGGGCAAUUGCUAAAGGCACUUGAAGUGGACGGAUUCAACUUGGAGGCUAGUGACAAAGUAAAGUUUACUGCAGAUUUUGGGUUUGGACUCAUUGUUAAGAAGAUAGGGGUUUCCAUAAUAUACGGCACGGUUAUUGAUGGAAAAAUGAUUCAUUAUGCCUCUACAUCCAUUAAGGAUGUGAUUGUUCUCACUCAAGAUGGAGAUUGGGUUGCGGUCAAGUCUAAAAGAGGCCUUGGUGAUGAUGAAGCAGAAUCGAGCCAUGGUCACUUUGACCAUGAACAAGAGGCUGAAGAUUGA